CCUAAAGAAGAAAAAAACCAUCUUGUCAUUCUGAUAAUUCAACAGGAAUGUUUCUUCCCCUUUUAUCACAAAAACCCCAGAUUUUAUGCAUGAAUUAUAGAACCUUUUUUUCUUUUUCAAAAAUUCCACCAAGAAAAUACAAAUAUGCUCUCCACCAAACCUCAGCCAUGGUUGCUUCUUUUACCGACUUUGUUUCUCAUUUCUUCAACCUUCCUAUCACUUUCACAAGCUUUUGAGUUCCAAGGAACAAAGAAUGAAGAUUUCCAUGCUGUAAUACGAGGAAUAGAAACAUUAAAUUCAUUAAAUACGGUGUUCGAGGGAACCAAAGGAAUUGAAAAGAAUUCAACAAUUGUUAUAUUAGCAGCAGAAAGGACACACAGGAAAGAUCCUCUUCAGAAUUUUGAAUAUUAUACAGGUGGAUGGGAUUAUAAAAAUAACCAUUACUGGGCUUCUGUUGCCUUCUCUGCUGCUCCUUUAUUCAUUACUGCUGUGGUCUGGUUUGUGCUAUUAGGCCUAUUCCUUCUUUUUGCCUGCAUUUGUUGUUGCUGUUGCAGGCACAAGAAGACCUAUGGCUAUUCUCCAAUUGCAUAUGCUCUUUCACUUAUCUUCCUUACACUUGCUACUGCUGGAGUAAGUGCUGGGUGUAUUGUUCUAUACGUAAACCAGGAACACUUCAACGACAGCAUAGCAGAUUGUUUGGAAUUUGUUCUGCAGGAAGCUCUAUCCAUAUUAAACCAAUUUUUGAGUAUUUUGAAUACACUUUCUUCAGCUUGUAAGCUUGUAAUUGAUGAAGUUCCUGUUCCUGAUGAUAUCAAGCACCAAAUUGAUGUUGUAGACCAAAUGAUGCUGGCUACAGCUAACAUUUCUCAAAUCCAAUCAGUGGCAAAUGCAAAAAACAUUCGAAAUGUUUUAAGCCCUACGAGGCUGGCUCUCGACAUAGUUGCUUCUGUGAUGCUUGUGUUGGUAUUUCUUGGUUUCUUAUUUUCACUUCUUGGCCGGCAAUGCUGCAUUUACAUAUUGGUUACUUUAGCGUGGAUCCUUGUCACAGUGACAUUUAUUUUAUGUGGAAUAUUUCUUAUUUUGCACAAUGUGGUAGCAGACACAUGUGUUGCCGUGGAUGACUGGCUUGAAAACCCAAGAGCUAAUGCAUCAUUAAGUCUUCAGUUUCUACCUUGUUUGGACAAUAAAACUACAGCAGAAACCAUUAGAACAACGAAAGAAACAUCUUCUUAUGUGAUCAACAUCCUUAACAGGUACAUCAUGGAGGUUCCGAAUAAGGACAUGCAACCUAAUGCAGGAAUUGUCUACCACAAUCAAUCUGGUCCAUUGGUGCCCCUCCUUUGUAAUCCUUUCAAUCCUGAUUUAACAGAAAGAGACUGCAAUACUGCAGAAGUGAACUUUAACAAUGUCGCGCAGGAAUGGCAAAAGUAUAUCUGUCAAGUUUCAGAAUUUGGUAUUUGCAACACUACAGGACGCUUAACACCUAAAGUAUAUGGUCAAAUGACAGCUGCUGUGAAUGUCAGUUACAAAUUGUACACCUCUGAUCAUCUCCUUCUUGAUAUAGGAGAGUGCAAGUUUGUUCUGAGAACUUUCAGAAAGAUAAGUGAAGAUUAUUGUCCUGGCCUUAGGAUGUAUAGUUUUAGGACCUAUGCUGGGUUGGUUACUGUUGGAGCUUCUGCCAUGUGUGCUUUGAUCAUGUGGAUAGUCUAUGGAAGAGAGAGACAAAAAAGGAACUAUACUAAGAAGAUGAUGGACAGUAAAGAACAGAAUCCGUUUGACCGAGGAGGUGCCUAAUACUUACUGCAAUUCUCCCAGAAAUAACAUAUUGGAGUCUUGUUUCGAAGCAUCAAGGGCGAAAACUACAUGGUUAGAUAGAGCAAGAGAGCAAGAGAGCUCGAUUUGAUUGCAAAAGGUUCAGACUUUAGAAGAUGGUCAUUACUGCCCAAGAUUGAACCAAAUGAAGUGAUCAAGAUCAAUGUUCUUGAAGCUUAAGUGUAGGAAAACUGGUACAUAAGUUGGUGAUUCAUAGAACUACUAUUAGACAGUUAUCUGUUGGCCUUUGAUGAUAUGUAUAUAAUAUGAUGGUUGAUGUCAUAACUUAGGACAACCUACUAACAUUAGUUAUGAUUUUUAGAACAUCAUAUAAUUCUCAUCAAUCAAUUGUCAAUUACUUCUCUUUUAAAUAUAAUGUAAGUUGGAAUGAUUCAAGAGA